GAAAUAUUGGACUAAGUCGUUUUAGUAGUUUUUGGGAACUGCGCUACAAUCACCAGACGUGAGCUUAGUGCAUCCACUGUGUAAGCUUAACUCCUGUUUUACACCGUUGACAGCAAAUCCUAUUCAGUGCUUGCCUUUUUAAUGAUUAUUCGUUCAUGGUUCUAGUGGUAAUAACUUAUUGUGCAGAUAUAAUAAAUAACGUUUGACUUUGUUGAUAUGCAUCAACCAUAAGUCAGAUCAGCUUUUCAUUAAGACUAGGUUUACCGGAAGUGCGCCUGCAUCAGGGUCUCCUCAUUAGAUUUAGAGAUUACUAUCGCAAAGUAAUGACGAAAAUUUGACAUUGUUUAAGAGUUCGUGCACAUUCCACUUUCAGUUUGUUCUUAGGAUAAUGGGUCGGCAGACUUUGAGACUUUUUUUCUAUAUAAGAUAUAGCUUCUCCUUUAAAGUGAUAGGGCUGAUAAUAUUUGUUCGAGUAAGGUGUUCCAGUCAUACUACAUAAGAGACGAAAUUCCCAUCUAAUUUUUUCUGGCUGUGCUUUUUGAAUCUUCUUACAGUGGCUUCGGAGAUGAUUAGUCCAGGAGAAAGCAUAAGAGUGAAAAAUCCUAACGAUGAAGUCGUUAUUUAUGUUACAAUGUGCCAAUAUAGGAUCACCUCGCGUUCUACGAUAACAGGAAAAAGUUUGGGCGUUUUAAGCGCUGAUCGUAAGGAAGUCUGGAACGAUUCGUCACUUAAUUCCCAUACGCUGGACACGUAUCUCUAGUCUGACAUGAACCAACUGCUUGGCUCCAAUACUCUAGGUGACGUAGAUGGGGUGUAAAACCCUAAACAGACCCUGUUCAAAUCAUUCGGUUGCUCGGCAAUGUGACCGUAACGCUGGGCAACCUUUGGCGGCUGCUGCAUUACGAUGUGGGGUUGUUUUCAAGUCACAACUUAUUGUUAUUCUUAAGUCUUUGUGUUCUUGUACGCGUGGUGGCGCUAAGUAACUAUUGUCAUGUCCGAUGUGCAUUAGCCGCUUCCUGAGAUUAAUUUCCAAGCACCAGCUAUGGAACCAUCUAAAUAUUUCGUCCCUGUCAGCCUGGCGAUCAAAAUGAUCAACUUCACUGUUUAUUGUUCUCUAAAUUUUGGCAUUAUUUGCAAGCAAGUGUCAACGAAUUAGACAGUUUCGGUAGUUCAUUGAUGUAGAUAUGAGAAAAAUACAGGACGUAAGGUGGUGCCUUGCAUUACAUCAUUUUUAAUCAUUUUCAUUCAAAUAGUGUCCCAUUUGCUCUCACUGUCCGUCUCCAACCACGGAGGGAGUUUUUUGCACUUGUACUGCACCUGUUUUUCCAAAGCUCGAGCGUAAGAAACCUUGUGAAACGUUUCCCUAAAACCUAUAAAUAUCACAUCUGAAAUACCGUUAUCUUGGGUUGCUGUUCAGUUCUUUUUUACAGUUAGUAAGUUAGUUAGACAUGAGUGUUAUUUGGAAACCAGUGUUGCUCAGGAGUUAACAGAUUGUAUAAUUCUACAUGACUUAGUAACUUGGUUCGAUUUAUUUUUUCAAACAGCUUAACUACUAUGCUGGUUAGACAAUGUCUCUUGCCAUACUCAAAUAUAGAGCUAAUUAUAGCAUCUUAGCAAUCCCUAGAGAGUUGAACUUGAAAAACGGAGAUGUUAAACAUCUUGAUGGCUUUAGCAACGUUGUUGGCGAGGGAUGAUUGCAACUGAUCAGGAUCCGGUGGCUCACCAGGUUUGAGGUUAAUGAGCAAUUAAAAAAACAGCUCCAGUCUCUUGUACGGGUUCUAUGGCUACUUUCUGGAGGAUGUGGUUAUGAGAAGUUUCGUAAACAAUACCUGCAGAUAAGAUCUCGUUGGUAUGUCUGAAUUUUCGUUCAACGAUAAUGAAGGACUUUCAUCACUACCUUUUGUUCCUUGUUUAUUGUGAGAAAACAGUCGUGUUUGCGUAUAAGCGGCCAAGAUGGACUUCAAAAGACCUUUGGCUGGAGUUACCUCGAUGUCUAUGGUUCCCUUGCCUAGCAAGAAACCUCGGAAAGAUGUUUCAAGUCUGGCAAUCACUCCAUUCAGUAAUGGGACGUACAAGUUAAAUUCACAGAUCAUACCAGCUGGACAAGCGGGAAGCAUUCCCCGUACAUCAAAUUUAUUAUCACCAAAUAUGCUUUUAAAUGGUCAUGAAAGUGAAGUAUAUUGUGGGAAAUUUUCUUCUGAUGGGUCGUUCGUCGCAAGUGCUGGAUUUGAUCGCCGGAUACUAUUGUGGGAAACUUACGGUGAAUGCGAAAAUAUUGCGACGAUGAUGGGUCAUGGCGGUGCCAUAUUAGAUUUAGUACUUUCCUCAGAUGAUUCAGUUAUCUAUACCGCCAGUUCAGACAAAUCUAUCGCCCUAUGGGAUACCGAGAGUGCUCAACGCAUUAAAAAAUUCAGAGGCCAUGAAAACAUUGUUAACUCUUGUGCAGUUGCCAGACGUGGUCCUCAGCAUGUCUGUUCUGGUUCAGAUGAUGGAACGAUUCGACUGUGGGAUCGACGUCAAAAGGCCUGUGUGCAAACAUUUCAAAAUACAUAUCAGGUUCUUUCAGUUACCUUUAGUGAUACUGCUGAAAUGAUAUUUUCUGGGGGCAUAGACAAUGUUGUGAAAGGUUGGGAUUUGCGAAAAUUGGAAGCUAGCAUGUUACUUAAUGGACAUACGGACACAGUUACUGGUUUAUCAGUCAGUCCGGAUGGCUCAUUUUUACUUUCCAAUUCCAUGGACAACACAUUACGUAUGUGGGAUAUUCGUCCAUUUGCUCCAGCAGAUCGGUGUACAAAGAUAUUUACAGGUCAUCAGCAUACAUUUGAGAAGAAUCUUCUUCGAUGUGCAUGGUCAGUUGAUAGUCGUCGUAUAACUAGCGGCAGUGGUGAUCGUUAUGUUCAUGUUUGGGAUGUAAAUACACGUCAGUUAGUGUAUAAACUUCCUGGUCACACAGCAUCAGUAAACGAAACUGCAUUUCAUCCAACAGAGCCAAUACUUUUAUCUGUUGGUAGUGAUAAGAAAAUCUUUUUGGGUGAAAUCCUUCCUUGUUUGUAUUAAAAUUAUACAUUUUUUGAUAUAACACUCAUUUUUUGUGUAUAAAAGUAGAUAUAUUUGCAUGUCAUAUAUAAAUACUUUAAUAAUUACUGUGUUAUGUUAUUGUUUAAA